AAGUUAGGUUUUUUUAUUAUAAAUACACAUUUUCUUUUUUAGUUCAAGUCAUUAAUUGUAGUUUUUGUAAAUAUUUUUCUUAAAUGCUUUUACUUUUAAUUGAAUGAACUAUACUAUUAAUAAAAAAACCAUUUUGUUGUCAAAACAACAAGAAAUUACAUGAAUUAAAAAAUAUAAUUUUAAUGAAAAUAAUGAAAUUUUCAAUAAUUUUAUUUAUUAUCUUUUCUGCAAAUAUCUAUUUUAUUAUUAUAUAAUUAAAUAAAAAAUAUAUUUCAAAAAGCUUUCCGCAGCAGCAGGGCAACUCGGCUAGUUACAAAUGAGGCAAGCGACUUCAUGGGCAACUAUUUUAAGUUCUUCGAAUCAAGACCACCGAAUUUAUUUUUUUAUCAAACUAUUCACCAUUAAUUUAUAAUAUGAAUACCUAUCUCCCAUAAUUUUGUUUUUGAAAAUUAACGUAUAUUUACCAUCCUUCAUUUGCCUCUGUAUUCUAUCAUCCUUGGCCAAAGGUCACACAUGCAUGUAUGCCUUUUCACUUUCACCAAGAAUUUCUGGUAAAAGUAUGUCCAAAAGAAGUUAUGAUAGUAAGAACACGAGGCCAAAAUGUCAGCAGAACUAUAAUUGUCCCCAUCUGAGCAUACGUUACCAAGCACACCCAGUGCCUAACGUAUGCUAUUUCAAGUGCUUCUUUCUCUUGCAACUUCACUCAAGAAAAACAAGAAUACCCAGAAAUGGAGAGCAAAUUAAGGAAAUUGGGUUUCGAAGGGAUCGGUAACCUCAAAACACCACCACCAAGUUACAGCAUUAUGAGUGUUGUCAAAUUUCUGAAAGAAAACAUCAAUGAAGAUGAUCACAGGCUUGCCAUUUCACUUGGCGUGGGUGACCCCUCUGGUUUCAAGUGCUUCAGGACUACUAAUAUAGCUGAGGAUGCCAUAGUUGGAGCUGUCCGUUCUGCUAAAUUCAAUUCUUAUGCUCCUACUGGUGGUAUUUUAUCUGCAAGAAGGGCUAUUGCAGAAUACCUCUCCAAUGAUCUUCCUUACCAGUUAUCACCGGAAGAUGUCUAUGUCACCCUUGGUUGCAAACAUGCCAUGGAAAUGAUAGUGAAAGUCCUUGCUAGACCAGAAGCCAAUAUUCUGCUUCCAAGACCUGGUUUUAGAAUUUAUGAAACUUAUGCAAAUUCUCAUCACCUAGAGUUAAGGCAUUUUGAUCUUCUUCCCCGGAAAGGCUGGGAGGUUGAUCUAGAUGCUGUUGAAGCUAUUGCAGAUGAGAACACCAUUGCCAUGGUUAUAAUAAAUCCUGGAAAUCCUUGUGGAAGUGUUUAUUCAUAUGAACAUUUGAGCAAGAUUGCGGAGACUGCAAGAAAGCUUGGGAUUCUUGUUGUUGCUGAUGAAGUAUAUGGUCAUAUCGUUUUUGGGAGCAAGCCAUUUGUGCCCAUGGGUGUUUUUGGAUCAACUGUGCCUGUUAUUACCCUUGGAUCCAUAUCGAAAAGAUGGAUGGUUCCCGGUUGGCGACUCGGGUGGCUAGUAACAAGUGAUCCUACUGGUUUGCUUCAGAAAUGUGGGAUUGCUGAUUCCAUUAAAAGUGCUCUCAAUCCCGCCCCUUUCUCGCCAACCUUUAUUCAGGCCGCUGUUCCUGAAAUCCUUGAGAAAACAACAGAGGAGUUCUUUUCAAAAACUAUAAACAUUCUUAGAGCAGCUUCAGGCUUCUGUUACGAUAUACUGAAGGAGAUACCGUGCAUUACUUGCCCACAAAGGGCAGAAGGAGCCAUGUUUGUUUUGGUGAAGCUUAACCUUUCACUUCUUGAAGACAUCGAAGAUGACAUGGAGUUCUGUCUGAAGCUAGCUAAAGAGGAAUCUCUCGUCAUUUUACCAGGGGUGACUGUGGGACUAAAGAAUUGGCUCCGCAUAACAUUUUCAGUUGAACAAUCAUCUCUUGAAGAUGGUCUCGGAAGGUUAAGGUCCUUCUGUGGGAGACAUGCGAAGAAAGCAUAGCUUAGCAGGAUCAACUGCUGUUCAUCAGAAAAUUUACAUUACUUGUUUAUGUUGUUAAGAAAUUGAAAUAAACAUGUAUGAAACAUCGUCUGUAGCCUAAGAUAUGUGACUUCAUGGGCAACUAUUUCAAGUUCUUCUGAAUGAAUACCAUCAAUUUAUUUGUUAAA